AUCGUCAUUGUACUCAGAGUGUUCAGUUCAAGCGAAUUAAUUCUUCCGCAGUCAAACCGAUAUAAACGAAAUAAAUUGCAAAUUAUUCAAUAAAUUGUCAGUCAAAUCUUGAAAUUCAAAUCGCCAACUGUGAAAUUUAAUUUGUGUGAAUAGUUUUCAAUACUUUAAAGACUGAUUUUUUUCAGACGAAAAUACACGAAAUUAAUUCAAAUAUGAAGUGGUUAUACGUUUUUGUGGCUAUUUUCUUGACGGUCAGUGCUGAAGAACAAACCUGUUCCACCGAUAUUGUCGGCAAUUGCAAUGGUGUCAUAGAUCAAAUUGCUAAUUGUAAUGCCAAUUUCUCUGGAUUUUCGUCGGGUAUUCAACAUCUUCAAGCUUAUUCCAAUGAACAAUUGUUGAAAUCAUACGAUUACUUAUUGUUGGCGGCCAAUUUUGGUACAUUCGUUAAGAAUCGUCCCGGUUUUGAAAAACAAUUCCGUGGAUUGUCCGAUACUGCAUGGGAACGUUCAAUCAAUUUGAUUAAACACAUUACCAAACGUGGUGGACAACAUGAUUUCUACAUUCGUCACACUGCCACUGUUGCCACACCACAAAAACGCGUUUUGGAAUUGAACGAAAUUAGCGCAUUGGCAUACGCUUUGGACACGGAAAAAGCAUUGGCUACAGAAGCUCAUAGUUUACACGAAAGAUACUCACACGCCAACCACAAAUCACACUAUGACGCUGAGGUUGCCCAUUAUUUGGAAGAGAAAUUCAUUGAAGACCAAGUCUCAACCAUUCGUAAGCUCUCUGGAUACACCAACGAUUUGCGUAAAUUGUUGGAUGAAAGUGUUGAUGGGUCUUUGAGCCUUUUCAUGUUCGACGAAUAUCUUCAAAAGCAAUAGUCACCUGAUAUAACCAACGUCACGAAUUUUUUUCCCUCAAUUUUUGUUACAAAAUUUUCUGUGGUUUUUUUUUCUUCUAUUUUUGUUCCAUAUUAUAUGUGUUUAUUGAUACGGAAAUUCAUUUUUAGUCAUAGAGAAUAAAUAAACUUUGUACCAAAAUCACAAA